AUGCCUAUGGGAAGACCGGCCAUCAUCGACACGGCCGACAACAACCGGGAAUACGGGUCUUAUAAGGGCUACGUCUACUGCGGGGCGCACGGAUUCCAGAAGCUCGUUGAGGACGCGGCGACCAUGGAAAACGCGCUGACCUUGAAGAAGUGGUUCCGACGCGACAAGGCGACGGAAAACCUAUCUAGGCAGAUCUCGGAGCUUACUGCUCUAUAUGCGGAAAGCUCUGGCGAUCUGCACAUCCGUCGGCACCGUACAAUAAUCUUGAGAGGCCAGAGAGGAUUGGUCGUGAACUCGGACGUUGCCCAUUCGGCUCCGCGCAUUGAACCCCACCUGCUCGCAUCCAAUCCUACACCAUCGCACCUCAGACAAAUUGAGAGACAGCAGCUACAAUCCGCCGCGAUUGGCUUUUCGAGCGUCGCGCUAGCCACCGCCGCCAUGUUCUCGUGGACUUACAAUAAGAUGCCGGACUUCUUCGCGCAGCGGGUCCGGGUCGAGAAGGAGCCGGUAUACACAGUCGAAGAGAUACCGGAGAAGCGCGCGCGGACGGUGAAGCACUUGCUGCAAGCGAACCACAGCAUUUUCAGCGUCAUUUACCAUAACCUGGAGUUCCACAACCACCUUCCACAUAUCCUCGGUUCAGCCUAUAUCCUCGGUUCGGCCGACGAGCACCUGAACGAAGUGUACGAAGUCGAAACGGAGACACUGGAGAAAUGGAGAGACUCGCCCGGUGAAAUCACCGAGUCAAACUGGCGAGACUUCUUCGGACAGAGGGAAUACCAGCGCGCAUACAUGGACUUCUUCGAGGAUGAGAUCCCCAAGCACGGCCACGACUGGAAAGCCAUGGUCGAGCAAUACCUCUUCGAAGGACCCAACCCGCUCAUCAACAACAUCAUCUGCGGCCUCGGCCACGCCCUCAUCCACCUCGGCUACGCCUACGAGCUGAACUCCCGCACGCUCGGCUCCGAAGCGCUCGUGCUGGCAACCUGCUUCUACAACGCGCAGCACAAGUACCUCGACGACCCAUCCUACACGCGACCCCCGCCGCCGACCAACCCCGCCAGCACGUCCCCGCUCACGCUCCUCACGCGGCUGCAGCACGACGAGCGCUUCGACGGGCUCUACCCGGCCAACGACAAGGGCGACGAGAACAUCGCCAUCCUCCUCGCGUCGCCGGCGCACGAGGCGGCGGUGCUGGAGUACUGGAACGCGCUGGAUGUGCCGAGCGACCCGACGAGGAUCUUUGAGAGCGUGCAGCGGGCGGCGGUGGAGGUGCUGGUUGGGACGAAGAAGGGGGAAGAGGAAGAAGCGGUAGAAGGGGAGGAGGAGGAUGAGAAAUAUGACUUCUUCCUCGUGCACACGCUGACGACGAGCCACGCGCUGCGCCACCUGCUGCCGAGCAUGCCUGCGCGCUGGCACGUCCCGCUCGUGCGGCAGUGGUGGCUGCUCGUGCUGACCGUGUACGUGGCGCAGCACCGGCCGGGGAUCGAGCGGGAGCGGAUUGACGGCGUCGAUUUGGCUGGGAGGGGGUGGGCGUUUGUGGUUGAGCAGGCGUUGCGGGGGAGGUGGCGGAAUGAUGCGCACUACGUGAAGGGUCUCCGCGCCAUGAAGAACGCAGCCGAGACGUGGGGCGACCCGGAGCAGUUCCUCCUCAAGGCGGCGGUCCGGUUCGCGACCGACUUCAACGGGUGGGGAGGCUUUGGAAGGGCCGAGAUCGAGCGGACGGACGUGAGGAAGCAGGCCAAGUUGGGUAUCUUGGCGGACGAUGAGGUCGAGCUGGUGCAGGCGCAGGCGCAGACGGAAGGUUGA